AUGGCUGCAUUAUUCGAAGAUCCAGAUGCAAAUCCACUGACUAUAUUUCUAAUGCAAGUUUUUAUAACGCUAGUCGUAUGCAAAAUAUUCGCAAAAUUACUCGCUCUGGUACGCCAACCACAGGUUAUCGGACAGAUUAUUGCCGGCAUUAUGUUUGGACCGAGUGUACUUGGUUUCGCACCGAAUUGGUCACAGGCAAUCUGGCCUGCGUCGAGUUUGCCCGUCUUUCAACUUGUAGCCAAUUUAGGUCUGAUAUUUUUCAUGUUCUUCCUCGGCUUGGAACUGGAUUUACAACAGUUAAAGAAAUCAUGGCGAGUAACUGUACCAUUGGCAUUGACUUCAAUAAUAAUUCCCGUCGGCGUAGGAUGUGCAGUAGCACUGUGGCUCUAUACGAUCAACGGAACAGAUAUGCCAUCGCCACCGAAAGCAGCCUUUAUACUUUUUAUUGGCUGUGGUAUCGGCUUCGCAGCGUUUCCUGUUCUAGCCUCACUUCUCAAUACAAUGGACCUUCUACAAGCUCCGAUUGGUAUUCAAGCCAUUAGUCUCGCUGCUUGCGAAGACAUUGCCGUCUGGAUUAUUCUGGCAAUUGCAUCUGCCUUCUCAUCUGGUGGUAGUGCACUGCUAGGACUCUAUACUCUACUCUUAACUGUGGCAUUUAUCUUAAUCAUGUUCCUUAUUGUACGACCGAUACUCAGAUUGAUCCAUAAGUACUUUAUGGAGAAGAAGAAAGAUGAGACAAAUGUUUACUUGGUGGUACUUUGUUUUCUUCUGCUGAUCGUUUGUGCAUUUACAACAGAAGUAAUGGGUAUACAUGCAUUCUUUGGCUCAUUCAUAGCUGGACUUUGUAUACCGAGAAAAGGUGAAUUAACUGAUUUCUUAGCAUUGAGAGUGGAAUUACUCGUAGUAGAAGUUUUUCUACCACGGAAAUAUGAAGCAAAAGUGUUAAACGAAAGAGAAGGAAAUGAGGAAAAUAAGGAGAAGAAGGAAGCAAAUGAAGUGUCAAAAUCAGACCAUGGAAUCCAGCUUGAAACAGCCGCUGAUGAAAGUACAAUGACUGACGAUGGUAUUUUUGUAAUUCUACCCUUCGACGUCACGCUUCCAUCAUCUCCGGGCUUCGUCCGUGUUGCUAGUCUUACCAGACGACAGUUCGGCGAUACAAGUGUUUAUCGUCUUUUCGGUGAUGGUAAUCCGCCAUACGACACGUCGACAAUUCAUCUCGAUGCAACUGGCGCUCAGCCGAAUGUAAUUGGUGGGUUAGUGGAUCUACCCGUUCUUCCUCAGACACGACGGUUAUAUAUGACACGUUUUUAA